GCGGUGGUGACCAAGUACUAGCACUUUCCACAUUUUCCUAUUGGUGAGGUUACCCUUAUGCCUAUGUGCUUUUAUGCCUUGACAAGCAUUUCAUUUGGGGGUAGAACCAUGACCCUACCCGUAGGAUUCUCGACUACCAAGGAGUUCACAGAUCUGACUGGUAUCACCAUUAAAGCCGGCUAGACGUGCAUCCGCCUAGGGGAGAUUAGUGCCCGAUGGUGGAAAGUCAGCUUGGGGGAGAAUCCAAGCAACAUAUCUCAGAUAGAACGUUCCUUCCUACUAUUUGUCAUGGGUCAGUGCCUCUUCAGUGACCUCUGAGGGGGAGUAGAUAUCUGCCUGGUGGUCUUCCUCAAAGACCUUCGUAUAGUAGAUACUUGGGACUGGGACGGGGCUGCCUAUGCAUAUGUCCUACUGUCCUUGGACCUACUAUCCUAUGGGGAUAGGGCCUCAAGGGGGUAGGCUACAUCAUCCAAGUAACUUUCCUUCUCAUAUCUAUUUUCUUUCAGUCAUUUGGCCUACACGUUCUUACUUUGAUUUCUUGAAACAACCCUUGUGUUUUGAGCAUCUAGGAACCAUAGUCCCUAAACUGAGGGAUCCUGAGACAUUCUUCUUCCCCCUGGCCACAAAAUAGGGAGAUAACUAGGUGGUCUGGGCCCAAUGCCAUACUCUGAGGACCAUCGCUUGUUCUCUUUUGAAUGAUCUCACUAAGGUAUGCCAUGUCUGACAUUGAAAUUCUAUUCUCCUGAUGCUGUACUUACCCUUCCUUGGUUUUGCAUGUUACUUGGAGACCAUUCCAUGACCUUGUGUUUUCAGAUUCUAGGAGAGUCGUCUGGGUUCAUCAACUGUCUGAGAACCAAGCCCUAUUCCAGGGCCUGUGGGGCCAUGCCUAGUACUUACGAGAGAGAGUAGUACUCCAGUGGUUAGACAUCGAUCCAUGUCCUUCUCCCGGUGUUCCUCCACCCAGUAUGCAUUGUCCAGAGAUUGUCCUUAUAGACGAGAUGAAGUACUUAGCUAAUGAAGUAUGGGAGGAUCCUUUCUUGAAUUGGAUAGGGACUAUGGAGCCUUCUUGGAGGAGGAGACAGUGUGCACCCGUCUCAAUCCCAAUGGUCCAGUGGGGAGAGUGAGGCAUGUAGAUCCUUUUGCUAUUUGGUGGCAUGCCAGUGCUACCAAUCCUUCACAAACAAGGCCCUCUACCAAUGCCAGUCGGUCUCUCAGAGUUGCUAACGUCUCCUUUCAUGGCUUCCUUACCUGGACCUAUCCUAACGUAGCCAACCCCGGUCUUCCUCAUCUUUUGGAGCCGAACACAGAUAUAGAUGCUUCCCUUGGGCUGCCUAUUCCUUAUGAUUAUUGUCCCCGGAGGUCUAUGCUGAGAUUAGGAGGAUGCACUAUGGCCUAUGCGAGGUGAUAGUUACCAAGGAUCAGGAGAUUGCCCCGCGGGAUGCACUGAUUGAGGACCUGACCCACAGGCUGGAGUAGGUUGUAGUAGCAUCUGUGGACUCCCUGGUGCUUCAUGAGGAUGGCUCAGAGUACGGUUCAGAUGAUGG